AGUGGAGUAGCAGGGCCUCUGAGAGGCCCAACACCUCCGCAGCGAUGGCCGAGAAGCGGCCCCUAGGGACCCUCGGGCCUGUGAUGUAUGGCAAGCUGCCGCGCCUGGAGGCAGACGCUGGAACUGGGCACAGCCUGCCGCCCUCUGCCGUUGGUAACCCAGAUGCCUGCAGCUACAAGGGCACCUGCUUCUCCUGCCCGGUGGCUGGGCCCCCCAAGACGGGGUCUGAGCGGCUGUCAUCCUGGACCUCGUACCCACCCCUGUACCCCAGCAGCGUGGCAGGACCCCCACUUCGGGCUGACAACCUGUUGACCAGCUGUCUGCUGUACCGCCCGCCAGCGGAUGGCUCUGAGAAGAUGCAGGAACCAGGCCCUGCGGAACUCCUACCCUUUGGGCCCCAGGCACCAUCCUACCCGGGCCCACCGCUGGCUGCGCCCAAGCCCGUUUACCGUAACCCUCUGUGUUAUGGGCUCCCCGCCUGCCUCGGGGAUGGCACGGCCAAGAGGCCACUGGAUGUCGACUGGACACUGGUGACCGGGCCCCUGCUGCCCACAGCUGACCCGCCCUGCCCACUAGUCCCUACUUCCAGCAAGGGUCAGCCCCUGGAUGGCACUUUCUUGCGUGGGGUGCCAGCGGUGGGGGGCUCUGUCAAGGACACGUCGGUGGGCUUUUCCCCAUGCCAGGCUUUCUUGGACAAGUAUCGGACCGUGCCCAGCCCGGGCUUCCUGGCCCCCAAGUACACGGGGCCGUAUUCUGAGGACCCCAAGCAAGCAAUAGCUGAGGGGUCCUCUUCUAGCCCUUGGACCCAGCUGGCCCCACCCCUAGGACCCCCCUGCCAGGAUGCGGCACCCGCCCACUAUGCGCUGCCCCAUGCACCUCAGACCCUGCCUUGCCCUCCAGCCUGUCGCCACCCGGAGAAGCCGGCCAGCUACAGCUCCAUGCUCCCCGUGCCACCUCUGGGGGCCCACAAGGGGGCUGGGUACCAGUCUGGCGGGUUGGGCAGCCCCUACCUGAGGCAGCAGGCAGCCCAGACCCCUUACCUGCCUCCAGUAGGACUGGACACUUACUCCUAUUCGUCCGCCCCUCUCACGGCUCCCUCCCCAGGCCUCAAGCUGGAGCCGCCCCUCGCCCCACGUUGCCCACUGGACUUUGCCCCCCAGACUUUGGGCUUCCCUUAUGCCCGGGAUGACCUGUCCCUCUAUGGGGCAUCCCCGGGGCUGGCUGGGACCCCGCCCUCCCAGAGCAGCGUGCAAGCUGUGCCACAGCCCAGCACCCUCCAGCGUCCAUGCCAGCCCCUGCCAGCCAGCCAGCCGCCGUGCCCGGAGCCCCCAAGACCUGCUGAACAGUCCGAGGAGAAGACUUGGCUGCCCAGCUGUCGGAAAGAGCGGCACCCUGGGACACCCAUUGGCAUUCGGGACAGUCCGGCGCCCCGCACCUCACCAGCCCUCCCUCCCUGUGCCCGGGAUCGCCCGGCAGCCCCGCCAAAGGAAGAAGGUUCUGGGCCCUCCAGCUCUCCGCCCAUGCCCAUCAUCGACAAUGUGUUCAGCCUGGCACCCUACCGGGAGUAUCUAGAUGUACAGACGCCCGAAGCCACCACCGAACCUGAGACCACCCCGGCCCCUAAAGACAACUGUGACAAAGACGGUGGUGGUGACAGUGGGACCCUACCUGCCCAGGAAGUGCCCCCGGAAACUAGUUCCGUGAGGGAGGAGGUGGCACUGGACUUGAGUGUGAAGAAAUCUGCAGCAGAGGCCACCUCUCUGAGGGUCCCCAGCCCUGCUGUGCACAAGGAGCCCACAGCCUCCACAGAUGGACCAAAGGUGGGGGAUGCAGCGUCCAAUGGCCCAGACUUGAAAAAGGCGGCCAUAGAGACAGCCGGGACCACUGAGGACACACCAAGGACCAACUUCCACAGCUCCGUGGCCUUCAUGUUCCACAAGUUCAAGAUCCUCCGCCCAGCACCCCUGCCCGGAGCUGUGGUCCCGGUCCCGCCUCCACCUGCGCCCCCACCCCCACCCUCCUCUGUCCCUGCACCUGCUCCCUCGUCAGUGCCCAUCGGACUGCAAAUCCUCACCCAGCCCUUGCCCGUGGCCUGCUUCAACUUGACACUGCCCAGUCCACCCAUAACUGUGGCUUCCCCGGCCUCUGCCAACAUGCCUGCUCCAGCUCCAGGUUCCACCCCCGGCCCGGCUCCAGCUCUGGCUCCCACGGCUACUCCACCCUCCACAGACUCAUUAGAGCCUCACUUCAUGGGCUUGCACACGUCACUGUGUGACACCAUCUCAGCCACAGUGGCCCACUCCCUGCCUGAGAAGCUGCAGGAGUGGCUGGCAUGCGCAGGCCCCUGGGGCAAGGCGGCCUGGCGGGACUUCCAGGGCGUGCAGGGGCUGCUGGGCAAGGUGCAGGCCCAACUGCAGAGGUUCGAGCGCUCACAAAAGUGCCCCUUCCCGCACGUGGUGCGGGCCGGCGCCAUCUUUGUGCCCAUCCACCUGGUGAAGGAGCGGCUGUUCCCACGCCUGCCGCCGUCCUCCGUGGACCACGCUCUACAGGAGCACCGCGUGGAGUUGCGGCCCACCACGCUAUCGGAGGAGCGCACACUGCGGGAGCGUGCCCUACAUGGCUGCCCCUCGCGCCUGCUGAAACUGCUGGCGCUGCGCCAGCUGCCGGACAUCUACCCAGACCUGCUGGGUUUGCAGUGGCGGGACUGUGUGCGCCGCCAGCUGGGUGAGCACGGGACUGCCCCAGCAGCUGCCGGAGCUACUGAAGCCCCCGUGGCCAGAGUCGAGCCCGAGAGCCUGGCCCUGGCUCAGAAAUCGGCAGCCCCCAAGGUCAGGAAGCCUGGGAGGAAGCUGCCGACUCCAGGCCCGGAGAGACCAGAAAGCGCUAGGAGAGGGGCCUGCAGCAGCUCCCCUCCCCCUUGCUCCAGCGCCAGCCCGCCCAGCCCCUCACUGAAGACACGCUUCCGCAGCCUGCUGGAGACUGCCUGGUUCAAUGGGUUGGCAUUGCCCACCUGGGGCCACAAGGCCUUGGCACCAGACCGUUCCUCGGCCCAGCCACGGCUGCUGGACGGCCAGAGCCCUCCUCUAUAGCCUCCCUCUGCCCCAGGCUGGUCUGAGAGCUGCCUGAAUGUUGACCUUGGUUGUUUCUGAAAAGGGACUACAUCCCACGUGCACUUUGGAUUCUGACAGCUCUGGACUUGCCCCAUGUGGCUCCCAUGUCCACGCUGUGUGACCUGACCCAUCUCUCCACCUUUCUGGAUCCCUCCUCUAAACCAGGACGACACGGCCUACCUCCCAGAAUGGGGGGUUGGGGUGGGGCAGUGGGAGGGAUGCCCAACCCAUGGCCACUGUGGUACCAAGGAAUGGAACCUUCCCACGGAGCAAGUGUGCCACAAGACUGGUCCCAUGGGACUUUGCCACCACAUGGUAUAAACAUCCCCUUAGCUGGAGUCCCUCCAGCCUAGCUCCCUGAGGGAGCCGCUCAUCCCCACUGCUACUGCAGGGUCCCAGCCCAGGCCUGGCACCUUAAUCCUGGACCUGUGCCCCUACCCCCUAGCCAGCCCCGAGCAGUAGCUGAGACAAGAGCUGUUUUCCUGGGAGCCGGCUGCAGGGACUUACUUAGCGGGGCAGGGGAGGUUGCUGGAAGGGUGUGUGAUAGGUUGGGGUGCUGGACUCGAUGCAUUAAAGCUGUGGGUUUGGGCACCAGAGCCUGGCUGUGCAUGGACUAUGGAUGGAGUGGGUGCCUCGCUGUGUCUGCCUCCCACCAAGAGGCUCCCAUUGGACGCUGCCAAGGAUCUCCAGCUCGGUGGCCACCAGACUCCCAGCUCAGGGAGCGACCCCUGAUG